UUUUGCUGACUUUUCACUUCUCAUAUUUACAUAGCUUUCCAUAAAAUUUAAAUGGCAAUGAAUAUUAAUUUUCAGCUUUCCAUACAUUAUGAUUGACACGGUGACAAAAAUGGCAUCAUCCGGAGCGAAAAUGGGCUCCUCGGCGGCUAAGUUACUGCUGAUUUUCAGUCUUUUUCUUGAAGUUAAAGCCAAACUGUAUGAUCCACCUGGUGAUGUUGUUGUGCUCAAUCAUCAGAAUUUUGUCAAUAAUGUUUUCAACUCGGAUAAAAUGUGGUUUGUUGAGUUUUUCUCGAGCUGGUGCGGGCAUUGUAUCCAUUUUGAGCCUACGUGGAAGUCUUUUGCGGGGAAUCUGCGGGAUUGGAAGCAUGUAGUCAUUGUAGCUGCUAUAGAUUGUGCAGAUAAGACAAACACAGAAGUAUGCAGAAAACAUGAUGUCCAUGGUUAUCCUUCACUAAAGACCUUCCCUCCAUAUACAAAAGCUGAUAAUAUGACAGGAGCCAAGCUAUUUAGAGGUGCAAGGGAUAUUCGGAAUAUGAGGGAGUAUAUUGCUGCAGAGAUCGAGGAGGAAGCCAAGAAACCACAUCGACUCAAGCCCUGGCCUGAUCUUCAACCCGCAGAGGCACCGUGGGUGAGUGACUUCUUUAUACAUCAUCCAACCCAUCAGUUCUUGGUUGUCAUCUUUCAAGGAAAUGAUAACUUCAUGGGAAAAGAGAUUAUCUUGGAUGUUUCAAACCAUGAGAGAGUCAAGGCAAGAUGGAUGAGAAAGGCAGAUAACCCUCUUAUUACAAAAUGGGGUGUGGAUACGUUCCCCUCUGCGUACAUCAUUGAUCGUACAGGGAUACCUACAAAAAUCGUUGGAUCUGAUAGGGCCAGUUUCAGUGCAGCCAUCAACAAACACAUCAAAGACCAUGCAGAUGAACUACCCCCUGUUGAACAACUCCCGGAUGAUACCAACCAUCUCAAUGGCGAUGAGAUGCUGGAUAAGGGUCAUCUCUUAGGACCGGAAGAAGGGGAUGGGAAAGCAAACAGGAGCGAGAGAGACGACAUCGAUAGCGAUUUUGAUGGGAGGGAUGUGGAUGAGGAUGGAAACCUGGAGGUGAAGGAGAAGGAGGAGAAAGGGAAGGAGCUGGGACUUAGCCUACUCUUGAGACCAGGAGACAAGGGGUUUGUGGAGAUGAACAAAGGAGGAGAAAAGGAUGGAGGGGACGCUGGAGAGGAGGAAGAAGGAGGAGGUGGAGCUGAAGCAAGAAGAGAGAAGGAAGCGGAAGGGGUGGGGAUACUCCAAGAGGAGGUUGGAGGGGCUGGUGUAGGUCUUGACGACGUCGGAAUGGAUGAUGGACCGGUAGGAGAUGAAGAAAGAGUUGGUGAAGAAGGAGGAGGAGAGCAGAAGAUGAUGUGGGAUAGAGUGCUGGAGAAGAACAAAGAAAAGGCAUUGCAGAAGAAAACCAACAACAGAUUGACUGAUCAGAGACCUAGUGAAUGGCCCAAAGUCUACAUGCUUGAUCUAGAGUCGGCCAUCCAGUACUCCCUCAGGCAGGAGGUAUCUCUUAGAAGUCACAUCAGUGGAGAUGAUCUUCAGGCACUCACAGACUAUGUUGAUGUUCUCAGGAAGUAUUUUCCUGGAAGACCUGAAGUGAUGUCAUUCCUGACCGAUGUACAUCAGUGGCUGCUGAUAAAGGAGGGUACCAGUGUACCCAUAGAAGAAUGGUUGACCCUUGUUGAUCCAGCCAAGGAGCCAGGACUAGGGCUCCCUGAUCAAGUCGAAUGGAUUGGAUGUCGUGGCAGCCAGCCUCAUUUCCGUGGUUACCCGUGCGGUCUCUGGACGCUGUUCCACACACUGACCGUCUCCCAGGCCUCGCUGAUCAGGAGAUAUGAUAAUGUCAGCUACAUGGAGGUCCUUCACGCCAUGAGAGGCUACAUUCUAGCCUUCUUCAGCUGCCAGAACUGCAGAGAGAACUUUCGUCAUGAAGUAGCUGACCUGGAUGACUCCGUCACUUCUCUGGACAGCGCCAUCUUGUGGCUUUGGCAGACUCACAAUCGGGUAAAUAAGCGUCUUCGCGGGGACCUUUCAGAGGAUCCGGACCACCCAAAGCAGCCCUUUCCCCCACGGACAAUAUGCGCUUCCUGUUACGCCAGCACCAACGUGGAACUGUGGGAGGAGAGACGGAUACUCGGAUUCUUGAAAGACUACUACAGCUUGCGGAAUUUUGCGUUCACCGGUCUCCAUGCCUCGAAUGGAGUCAUCUUAGAUGAAGUAGACUUGGGAUCCCGUGUCACCCUGAAUCCGGAGGGCGUGAAGGUCGACGUUCUGAAUCAUUUGCGGCAGCGGGAGAUGGAUUUUCGGUUGGCGGUCGAGACGAAAAAAGGCGGAUACUUUGGACUCGGGAUCAACGGGUUGGACCUCAGCAUGUGCAUGGUCCUGAACAUCAGUUGUGUGAUGCUCAUAGUGUGUGUUUACUUUGUCCUGGUAUGGAGGAGACGGAGAAGAACUCGAUUGUCGCGGCUUCUGCCUCGAUGAUGAAUCUUUCAAGUGUGCUAUUGAAGUCAGAGACAUGAUGAAGAUGAUUUUGCUAUUUAUUUUACAUGUAAAGAGAUUCUGUGGUGAUAUGAAGCGAGACCAAAGUUGGAUGAAGGUUGUGCUCUUAUACAAGUCAGAAUUAUGGUGCAAUUUUUAAGUAUCCUUUGCUUAUUAUUUUUGGUCAGUGUGUAUUUUUUCUGUAUAUUCUAAUAAUACGUGUGAUGUGCUCCUCAAGGCCAGCCUUGAUGACAAUCAUAUGGCCUUGACCUUGGCCCUUGUCCUUGGCCUCCGGGUACAUGUCUUUGGAUGAGACCAGGAAGAAAUAUUUCAAAAGUAAGAAGGUAACAAUAUGUCAAUAGAUCUAUAUUUAAAAUGUAAAAUCACUUCUAGUGGUGAGAUCCCCAUGGCUACCCAUGGCCUUGAAGACAUUAUGCUCUUGGUCUUGUACGUACCUUCAGACAUCUAAACCCUAGACCAUGGAUUUCUGGCCUUGUGCACAACACUGUCUAAUACAACUGACGUUGCUGGCCAUCCAUAGUUGCGAUUGAUCGGAUCAAUCGCAACUCUUAGUAAGACAGGCCCCGGCUGUGUCAUGACUAAUGAAUGGGGAAAAUAAAAACUGGCAUUCUGUAGUCUUUCUCUGACAAAUUUUCAGAUUACAGCUGCCAAUAGACGCCAGGGGUGCGUUUUUGAAAACCAUGAACAAGUUUAUUAAUCUUUAUCCGACAACCAUGAUUGUGUAUACGGGGCACCACUUUGUUUUUUCAAUGUUGAAUGAUCUUCUAUUUCUGAUUAACUACUUAAAUGCUCAUAUCAAUUGUACAAGUUAUUAUUUUUAGCAUAGUAUUCCCAAAUAUCAUGAGAAUGGCCAUGUACAAUUAAUUGAACAUAAAACUGUCUUAUUUGAACUACUUAUCAAUUUGAUUUUAAAUUGACAUUUAACUUAUUUUCCUUAAUUACUUCUGACUGCUGAACAAUGCUCAUAGAUAUAUUCAUUUAAGUGUCAUCAGUAUCUACUUAUGUGUUGAAAUCAUUUCAUUGUUGAUUACUUGACUGUAGGUUCAGUCAUAAGUAUGAUAUGUCUUUAUUGUGCUGCACUCAACCCAGGUGAGGUGAAUGGUUACUUGGCAGGAAUUUUUUUCCUUGAAAUGCAUGUACGCUGUAAUCUGAGUAAUUACGGCUGCCAAGCUAUAGUCUACAAAUGUAGACCCACAUCUGCAGUGUGUGUAUCACAGCUAAUUCAACGA